AUGGCGAAGAAGAAGAUUGACUUCUCCAAAGCCGAGCUUUCUGGACAGCUUAUUGUAGUCUCGCCGAACACGGUGGAGAACUACAGAGCCCUCACUAAGAUUCUUCGUGGUAAGAACAUCUCCUUCCACACCUACUCCCUGGAGUGGACACGUCUCCGCGUUGUGAUACGUGGAAUACCAAAGGAGUUUGAAACCUCCUUUGUAAAGGAGAACCUUCUCCGGCAAGGACUCCCGUUGCAGGAGAUGCACCGUAUAGUCAAUAAGACCAUGAGGCACCCCCUACAACUUAGUCCUCGUGAUUCUUGA